AUACAGAUUUUUCUAAACCUAUAAACAGCUCUCUGGUUGAUUUUGAAAUUACAGAUAGUAUGAGUAUGGAAUUGGAAGCUUCUGAAACAGAAUUAUUUUCAGAAAUUGAUCCAACUAAUGAACAGGGCCUUCAAAUAUCAGAUGCGUAUAUGAGUAUGGAAUUGGCAACUUCUGAAACAGAAUUAUCUUCAGAAAUUAAUCCAACUGAUGAACAGGACCUUCAAAUAUUGGUUGGCGAUUCUUACAAUUCGUUGACAGUUAAUGAUGAUAGUGAAGUUAGACAACGUACCUUUGAGUGUACAUAUUCUG